CAACCUUCGAACUGAAACCUAGCCCUGGUCACUCCGGCGACUUCUCCGGCAACUUUCCGGCUGUUCUGCGACGAUUUCUUGAAGUCCAUACAGAUGGCGGGAGCAGUAUGAUACACAACCGUCAUCAUGUCAGUCUCGUGCUCCGAUGACCUACUGUGCAGCGAGGAUUCGGGAAUCUUGUCGGAAUGGUCGUCCUCAAACCUCGAGUCGCCGGCAGUAGCCGACGAAUGGAUUGCCGGAUUCAUUGAAGAUGAGAGGAACUAUGUGCCGGGCGUUGACUAUGUUGAACGGUUUCACUCUCAGCCGUUAGACGCAUCCGCUCGCGAGCAAUCCGUUGCGUGGAUUCUCAAGGUGCAGGCUUACUAUGGGUUCCAGCCGUUAACAGCGUAUCUCUCCGUCAACUACUUGGAUCGUUUCCUGUACUCUCGCCGCCUGCCGCAAACAAACGGGUGGCCAAUGCAACUUCUGUCUGUCGCUUGCUUGUCCGUAGCUGCAAAGAUGGAGGAACCUCUGGUUCCUUCUCUUUUGGAUCUUCAGGUGGAGGGUGCAAAAUUCAUUUUUGAGCCAAGAACAAUCCGUCGGAUGGAACUUCUUGUACUCAGUGUGCUCGAUUGGAGGCUGCGAUCCAUUACACCAUUCAGUUUUAUCAGUUACUUUGCUUACAAGCUAGACUCCACAGGAACUUUUUCUGCGCGUCUGAUUUCGAGGGCUACACAAAUUAUCCUGUCCAGUAUUCAAGAGGCCAGUCUUCUUGAAUACUGGCCGUCAUGCAUUGCUGCCGCAGCCAUUCUUUGUGCAGCCCGAGAUAUUCCAAGCUUUUCUCUUGUUAAUCCUGCACAUGCUGAAUCAUGGUGUGAAGGACUAAGCAAAGAGAAAAUCAUCAGCUGCUACCAGCUGAUGUACGAGCUUCCAGUUGAAAAUAGGCGAAGGAGGCCUCCAAGAGUUUUACCACAACUCCGGGUGACGUCUCGGGCGACAAUAGGGUCAGGUGACUCGUCAUUUUCAUCUUCGUCGUCAUCUUGUAAAAGGAGAAAACUAAACAAGAGCAUAUGGGUAGAUGACAAGGGAGGCUCUGAUUGAGGAAACAGUAGUAUACAAUAAAAGCAAAUGGUGGUCCAAGUUGCCUGGAGUCCUCUAUAUGUAUAUUGGAUGAUGUUAAAGAAAAAAAAAAAAAGUGACAGUGAGUGAUGUACAUGACUAAAGCAUACACUCUCUAUACGUGGGGGAGUUGGAGAUUUUUUUAAUUUUUUGGUGGGCACUGCCAUUGAUUACUGGCUUUGCUGAUUCCCAAGGGAAGGGGAUUUAGUACAUAAAAUUUUUGAGUGAUAAAUUGAGAGAGAGAGAGAGAGAGAGAGAGAAUAUUGUUCAAUAAUGUAGUAGUGGAGUGUGAAAGAAGUGGGGUGAUUGAAUUCAGAGGCAGCUUUGAUUACUGAAAAUCAAAAGGAUCGAGGAAAUGAUGGGACCAUGCCAUUGCGCAGUGGGUUCAAAGACAGAAAAUUUACGGUUGGCAAAUACAAGGGAUUCAAUUGAACUUUGAAGUUUGCGGAAUUCUUGGGAGAUUAGUCAAGCUUCACGUCUAGGCCACCAUCAUUGCCUCGACCCCAAUUUCAAAGGGAAGAAUUGGGUGCCAAGAAUAAUAAGGUAGCUCCACAUAAUAGACUUGGGAGUGGUACGUGUGUACAUUUGAUUAAUGUACUAUCCGCACGUGUGUGCGCGUGUGGUUUUUCUUUUCUUUUCUUUACCUUCACUUUUUUUUUUUUCCCUCUCUCUAUUUUGGAGAUUGAUUGCCUGUUCAUGUCCAAACAACGGUGAGGAUCCUUGAGUGCUUUUUUAUUUUUGCUUUUCAAUGGCCUAAAUUCGGCCUAACCAUACAAAGGUCUAUGGGGCCUUACUCAUGUGUGUUGUAUUUGGAUUCGUCCAUACCAAUUUAUAUAAUUUUGAUC